AUGGCUGUAGAAUCACUUACAGAUGAUGAAGAGGGUUAUGUGACCUUUGAGGAUGUGGCUGUCUACUUCUCAAGGGAGGAAUGGAGACUGCUUGAUAAUGCUCAGAGACUCCUGUACCGUGAAGUGAUGAUGGAAAACUUUACACUUGUGACCUCUCUGGGUUGUUGGCAUAGAGCAGAGACUGUGGAGGCUUCUUCUGAGCAGAGUGUUUCCACAGAAGGAGGGCAAAGUGAAAACCAUCACCAACAUCAGAAGCUGUGCUGUGGAGAGAAACCCUUAAUAAUUGAAGAGGACAGGGUCUCGGUUUUGAGGGGCUGCAGAAUCCACCUGUCAGAGAAGCCUUUGCAAAGCAGGAAGGAUGGGGAAGAUUUUACACUCAGCUCAAGUCUCCAGAUGACUCACCGGAAAGCGGAGCCUCCCAGGAGCACUGGGACUGCAGAGGCCAUUAAUACUGGGAAAAGGCACUACCAAUGCAGUGAGUGUGGGAAAGCUUUCGGUCAGAAAUAUUUGCUUGUUCAGCAUCAGAGACUACACACUGGAGAAAAGCCUUAUGAAUGUAGUGGAUGUGGAAAGCUAUUCAACCAUAAAGCCAACCUGUUUAUACACCAAAUAGUUCACACCGGAGAAAGACCUUAUGGGUGCAGUGAAUGUGGAAAAUCCUUUAGCGGAAAUGCUGACCUCAUUCAACACCGCAGAGUUCACACUGAUGAAAAACCUUUUACAUGUAGUGAAUGUGGAAAGGCUGUCAGGCAUAAUUCCACACUUGUUCAGUAUCACAGAAUCCGCACUGGAGUAAGGCCUUAUGAAUGUGGUGCAUGUGGGAAGUUCUUUAGUUUCAACUCCAGCCUCAUGAAGCAUCAGAGAGUUCACACUGGAGAAAGACCUUAUAAGUGCAGUGAAUGUGUGAAAUUCUAUAGCCACAAGUCCAGUCUAAUUAAUCAUUGGCGAGUUCAUGCUGGGGAAAGACCUUAUGAGUGCAGUAAAUGUGGGAAGUUUUUUAGCCAAAGCUCAAGUCUCAUGCAACAUCAAAAAGUUCAUACUGGAGAAAAGCCUGUUAAGUGCAAUGAAUGUGGGAAAUUGUUUAGUGAAAAUUCCAGCCUAGUUAAACAUCAGAGAGUUCACACUGGAGCAAAGCCUUAUGAGUGUAGAGAAUGUGGGAAAUUUUUUCACCACAGCUCCAGCCUUGUUAAACAUCGGCGGAUUCACACUGGAGAAAUGCCUUAUGAGUGCAAUGAUUGUGGGAAAUCGUUUAGCCAGCGUUUCAACCUCAUUCAGCACCAGAAAGUUCACAUUAGAGAAAAGUAUUGAUGCUUCAAAUGUGGGUAAACCUUUAUGCACACCUCCAACCUUUCCACAACCCUGGAGAGGACACAAAACUAAAAGGCAUUAUGAAUGCAGUUAGUGUGGAAAAGACUUUAAUCAAAGGUCUGUUCUGACUCAGUGGCAUAAACAUCACAGCCCAAAUAAAUCUUAUCAACACAGUGAAUGUGGAGGAAGUCUUAAGCCAGUGGUAUAAACUUGUUCCACACCAGGAAGUUCAAACUGGAGAAAGGCCUUAGAGUAGUGACUUGACAGAGAAGUACCAGAGACUGAAUAUCACUCAUUCCAGACAUGCACAGUGAGAGAAGGAUGAGA